AUGCGUACGAACAUUUUGGAGACGAAGGGAAUUGGCGACACCGAUGGUCGGGGUGUGUUCAGCUGCCGGCCCUUUGAAAAAGGAGAUUUCCUCUUUGAGUACAGAGGGGAAGUCAUUACUAAAAAGGAACAAGAAAACCGAGAGAGAAUUUACCAUAACGCACUCAAAGUUUUUAUGUUUGAUUUUCAGUUCAAUGGACAACAGUUAUGUGUGGAUGCUGCCAGAGAGGACGGAUCACUAGGGAGACUGGUAAAUGACGACGAAGUGAACCCAAACAGCAAAAUUAAAGUUACAAGAGUGGAUGGAAGACCCCAUCUGUGUUUAUUCGCACUCAAAGAUAUUGGUUCAGGGGAAGAAAUCACUUAUAACUAUGGUAAUUCGGAUUGGCCAUGGAGAAGCAAGACUUCCAAAGAGAUGCCGUGUCAGGCUGCUGAUGUGGACAAAUGCAGUUCCUUUGCAGUCAUUGCAAAGGACUGUGUUCAUGAUCUUGUCCCUGAAGAAAUGUCAAGUUUAGAAAAAUGUGUCACAUGUGGAGGACCCUUUUCACCUCUGAAAUGGUCAGGGGUGAGGUGUAAAGUUUGCUAUGAGUCCUGGCACAAAAAGUGCUAUGUUAAGCACAAGGUGAACAUCACUGAAACUCUUCCAGUAGUUUGUGAAGAACAAAGUUCAAGUGAGGUUGCAUCAUCAGAAGAGGAAUAUGUGCCUGAUUCCACAGCGGAUUCGAACAGCUCAUGGGACAGCAUAGCGGAGCCUUUAAAAAUCAGUCGCAGUCAACAUUUAGAAUUACAGAAUUUUGAGGGGUGCGCCAGCAAUUCUAUUUCCAAAAAAAGACACCACCAAGAAACUUUUGUAGAGGCAGAGAGAGAGUCUGCUUCUGAAGCUGCAGAAUCAAGUCAGCUUGAAGUAUCGGGCGUUACUGCCAAAGUAGGAAAUGCUGAAGGCAUAAUUGUUGAUGAUAGCGCUGAUGCUGGGGCUGAACAGAUCUCAAACACAUCCUCCUCUCUCAAAAAUAAAACUUACUGCUACAUUUGUGGAAAAAUACAGACAAAGUUUACACGUCACCUAAAACGUCAUGAGAAAACUUAUGCAGAUGUUGCUCAAGUUUUAAGUCUUCCCAAGAAGUCCAAACAGCGCCAGAAAAUGCUUAUAAAGCUACGCAACAAGGGAAACCACAUUCAUAACUCGGAGGUCUUAGCAAGUGGAGUUGGAUCCUUAAAACUAAGACGCACAGCAAAGACAAAAUACAAUGCAAAAGACUAUAUUCACUGCAUGUACUGCCAGGCAUUAUAUCUCCGAAGAGAUCUGUGGCGACAUGUGAAGAAAUGUUCUUCAAAACCAGUAGAAGCCAAUUCAGAGAUUGGAAGAAAAAAGGUAUUGUCUUUGGCCUCUAUGAAUGAGUCCGCUCUUUCUCAGCAAAUAUCCCCAGGUGUUUGGAAGAUUUUAGAUGUCAUGAAAGACGAUGAGAUAACUGCUACUGUGCGAAGUGACUAUUCUAUUCUUCAGCUGGCCCAGUCAUUUUUUAAUAAACAUGCACAGGAUCCCACCGACUAUGACUAUAUUCGCCAGACACUCAGAGGAAGUGGAAGACUUCUGCUUACGCUUCGCAAGGAAUUCUCAAUACAAACUCUUGAAGAUGCUGUGAGACCAGCAAAUUUUGAUGUGGUGAUCAAAGCUGUUAAGAAAGUGUCUGGGUACGAUGACGAAAAGCACUGCUACCGUACUCCAAGCCUUGCGUUAAAGUUGGGUCACUCACUCCAGAAAGUCAGUGACAUUUUACAUUGUAGAGCACUGAUGGCAGAAGACAGUAACCUGAUAAAGUCAACCCAGAGUUUUAAAACCCUCUAUGCUACAAAGUGGUCAGAACUCAUCUCCCACACUGCUUUAACUACGCCUUCCACUCUUCCUUUUACGAAAGAUGUUCAGUGUCUUCAUAGACAUCUGGAGAAGUCUACAGAACAAGCAUUGAAGGACUUGGAAGACCACAGUUCACCAAAAUCAUAUAGUGAACUUUGUAAAGCCACCAUGGCAAAUGUAAUACUUUUUAAUAGGAGAAGAGGGGGAGAAGUUUCAAAGAUGACGCUGAAUGGUUUUCUGGAGAGAGACACAAGUGCCCUGCACAAGGAUGUCGCUUUUGGACUGACACAAUUUGAACUUCACCUUUGUCAACACUUCAGUCGUGUUGAAUUAAGGGGUAAAAGAGGCCGGAAAGUUGCAGUGUUACUUUCACCAGACAUGGUGACGGCAAUAACACGCCUAAUAGGGCUGAAAACCCUGAGCUCCUCAGGUCAACGCUAUUACGGAAACAUGUCGCAACUUUGUCACAGAUCUUGAAUCUCAAGAAUCAUGAGUUAGACCAAGUUGUUGACUUCCUUGGGCAUGAUAUUCGCGUUCAUCGUGAAUUUUACCGACUUCCAGAGGCUACUACCCAGCUGGCCAAAAUCUCCAAAUUACUACUUGCCAUGGAGAAAGGGUCUCUCAGAAACCUUCAAGGCAAAACACUUGAGGAGAUUGAAAUUGAAGAUCACCUACAGUUGACCGAAUCAAGUGCAGAGGUGAGGUCGAUGAAGGAAAUCUCACAUAUCCACAGACUGAUUCUACAGAGAUGAAAAGAACAACACAACCUGUUGAAGCUUCAGGUUCUGCAGGACUGCUGAAUGCUAGGCAAACUUGUUGAGAAACCUCCAGGCAUGUCUGCGCAUUAUCACAAGUUCCUCUGGAAAGUGCUAGGAGAGCAAAAAAGCAUCAAUGGUCUCCCAUGGAGGUUGCAGCGGUCAUGAGACAUUUUGACGAACACAUCAAAAAAGGAAAACUGGCUACUAUGAUUGAAUGCCAGCAAUGCAAGGAGGCAGAAGAUCCUGCUCUGGCUGGUCGCUCUAUUCUAAACAUAAGAGACUUCGUAAGAAAUCGUGGUGUGACUUUGAAAAGAAAAAAUAAUCCUAGCUAUAAUAUGGAAAUGUGAUGAAUUGUCCACCAGUGAUGUCACCUCCACACAGUCCAUUUAGUUCUAAUUUGGUUUAGUUUGCCUGUUAAGUUAUGUUUCCGGUGUUCCUUUUUUGUCCUUUUCCAGCCACUAAUCAGUUCCUUUACUAAAAAAACAGUUAUUAGUCGUGAAGUUCAUCAUUAUACCGUGCAUUUAAGCUCCUCUUUAGUUCUCAUUUUCUGUCCGGUUUUUGUUAUACCUGCAGUUUUGUUGCUGUCUGCCUGUGGAUUUACCGGAGUUGUUUUAUUUAAAUAUCCACAUUGAUUUUGAAACCGGAGCGUUUUCAUCUUCAUUAAAACAUUUCACAAAGGGAACUGAAGACUGUCUUUCCUCUCUCCUGAUUAUAAAGGAUGUAGAUGAGUACAAACUAAUUCCUUUAUACACUUGUGAUUACAGCCAUGUGAGGUGUGUUGGCCCAAGGGUCCAGUAUCUCUACAGCGCUAUAAUUCAGAUUGCUCCUCUGUCUCAUUGCUUUCAAUCACUUUGCCAUGCCAUGUGAUGUGACAUUUUCUUUUCAGUAUUUACAGUUCCCACGGAGUCUUAAAAAGUCUAAAAUUCAGAAAGUGAAGUUUUUUUUUUUUUUUAAGUCCUAGGUCUUAAAUUAAAUUUAUCCAGGUCUUAAAUUUCUUACCUCCGUUCAUUCCUGAAAAGUGCUGUUCACAGAAAAUAAAGUGGUAAUUUAAAACGUGGAGGCAGAAACUGUAUGAUAGGUGGCCUCUAAAAUGGAAAGUUCCGCACUUCGUACGUCACUGGAUCGCACUUCAAUCCAGUUUUAAUUAUUUUUUUAAAGAGUAUACACAUGUAGGCAAUCAUAUUUCACGCAAAUCAUGCCAUAAACUAUAUUUCAGGUGUUGUGAUCUGACUGUACAUUGUGGUUUUGCUGAAAAACAAACCUUAAAUUUAGUUUAGUAGAAGCAAAAAUCCUUUCUGGGUAAAUUUAACCAACUAGCCCGUGGCUUACCUGAGCAUUUUGCAAACAUAGAGGACGCAGAAGCGAAAAAUCAACACUGCUUUAUUGAAAAUCAACUUAAACAGUAGGGCCAUCGAGUCAUCAUGAGCCACCAGCAAGUCAUCUUUAGUGUUACAUAGUUUUCACUUAGGAGGCUUUUGUUUACCUCAAUGCUGUUUACCCUGUUUACUGCCUUGACUUUAAUCUGCUCUCUACUGCAAUGCACUCUUCUCAUUCAGCUCUCCACA